GUAGCUUCCCCCAUCGUCCCAACAGACCCAACAGCCAAAUUUGACCUACCAGUUGAUUCAGAGCACAAGGCCAAAGUUUUCAAAAUCUUCUCUUUGGCCAACCCUCACAUGAGAACCUUCCACUUGUCUUGGAUCUCCUUCUUCACUUGCUUUGUCUCAACUUUUGCAGCUGCUCCACUUGUCCCUAUAAUCAGAGACAACCUCAACCUCACAAAGCAAGACAUUGGAAAUGCUGGGGUUGCCUCUGUCUCAGGCAGCAUAUUCUCAAGACUUGUAAUGGGUGCAGUGUGUGAUUUGCUAGGGCCAAGAUAUGGGUGUGCGUUUCUCAUAAUGCUCUCCGCACCCACUGUGUUUUGCAUGUCAUUUGUAUCUGAUGCUGGGGGCUACUUGGCAGUGAGAUUCAUGAUUGGUUUUUCGCUUGCUACAUUCGUGUCAUGCCAGUAUUGGAUGAGCACCAUGUUUAACAGUAAGAUUAUUGGGCUGGUUAAUGGGACAGCUGCUGGGUGGGGAAACAUGGGUGGUGGGGCCACCCAGCUCUUGAUGCCAUUGGUGUUUGAUAUAAUUGGAAGACUUGGAGCAACUCCUUUCACUGCUUGGAGAAUUGCCUUUUUCAUCCCUGGCUGGCUUCAUGUCAUUAUGGGAAUAAUGGUCUUGACCCUUGGCCAAGACUUGCCUGAUGGGAAUCUUGCUGCCCUGCAAAAGAAGGGUGAUGUUGCCAAAGAUCAAUUCUCCAAG